AUGCCCAAGAGGAAGGUCAGCUCAGCAGAGAGGACUGCAAAGGAGGAGCCCAAGAGGAGGUUGGCGAGGCCGUCAACUAAACCUGCUCCUGCAAAAGUGCAAACGAAGCCAAAAAAGGCAGCUGGAAAGGACAAAUCUUCAGGCCAAAGAGUGCAAAUAAAAGGGGAUAAGGGAGGAAAGGGAAAACAGGCGGAAGUGGCUAACCAAGAAACCAAAGAUUUACCUGCAGAAAAUGGAGGAACUAAAAACGAGGGGAGUUCAACCUCUGAUGAAGCAGGAGAGAAAGAAGUUAAGUCUGGUUAA